CAAGUAGUUUGAGUCUUUGACGAGAGGCUUUCAAAGCAGGUGUGUUCCCAGCCUUUACAACUUUCUGAGUAGGAGAGAUGUUCUGUGAUAUUUGCACGGCGAGUCCAUCCAAUAAUGUAAACAUUGCAGGGGUACCCAUUUCAGAGCAUGGAAAAACAGCCUAUACUCCUACCUCAUGUCUUUGUGAAGGGUCUGUAUCUUGUCAACCUAAUCGAGCAUAUGUUACCAUACCAACCAGUACAUUUCGUAAGAGCCCCACAGUCACGGAAAGGCAAAGACAAGCGUUCGCAGUAUACCAUGAUGGUAGGGAUUCAAAUGGAGAACCAAGCUUCAAGACAACCUCGACCGUCACCCAACCGGCCGGAUGGAAGUCGACUGCCCGAUGCUGCAGUAGCAUCGUACCUGGCUCUCUAUCGGCCGAAGGGUGUCCGAAUAUGGUGGCUCCGAAGCACAUCGGGAUGCCCUUACAAUCAUAUUGUAAACUCACCAUCAGUGUGCAAGUGUGUAGCUGCUGGUGGAUUGCCAUGUGGACAUUCUGCGUUGCUCGUGCAGCGAAAGAAGGCAGUUUCGAUAAGAACGGAGUAGGACCGAUCUGUGAAAAUUUUAAGGGAGUGCCUGUCCCGCCGCAGAAUCCCCUGGCAAAGCAGACAAUCUGACUGAUCACUCGGCCAGUAGAGUCAAGCUGAACGAGCUCAGCCAUGUGUCACCGGAGCGUUAGACCACCCCGCAAGACAUGGCUACACGACAUACAAACAAACGGCACUCUGUUGUACAUCAUAAGCGUGAGACAGGGUCAGGUCAGCAGCAGAGCAGUGGAGGUAGCGUAGGCAGCGACUUUUUGACAGGAUCUAGGAUUUUGUCGGGGGAUUAUGGCUGUCUGGAGUGAUCUUGAUAGACGUACAUGUGUUCCAGUUAGGUAGAGUAUCUCAAUAUAUGACAGAUAUCAAGUGGUUAGUCAGUACCUAGAAUAUCAGGUUGAUCUUUGGUGGUGAUUGUACCGCUGGACGCUGGUCGUGGACUGAUGGAAUUGCGGACUGAGGAUCCUGCUUAGUAUUUUGUGGUGCAAUUAAUAUGCAAAUCAUAUAGCAAGUGCAAAUCAGUUAUUUCAAGUAAAAUAUAAAAUAAUGGAUAGGCGUCGAUACUUUCGUUAGUAUAACCAUGAGUUCCAUGUAUAUAGAGAAUAUAGGAUGUGGUGGUAUCAACAUGCGUGACUCAGGC